AUGAAGAGAAUAAUUAAAAUAAUUUCAAUUCCGUCUGCUGCAUUACGCCCUGCGAGCGCUGCAGCUCACGUUCAGCAUAUAGUCCUGCGGACAGACGGCUAUGCUAUCCAUGUGUUUCGCGGCCACACUGUCUACGAACACUUUGUGUUUGGCAACUUCUACGAUUACUACGGCGUCCCUAAUGAAUGGGGCUUCCUAAUGUUCUGUGCUGCAUGGACAGUCCUGGUCAUCAUCUUCCACCUCAUUGCGGCAAGAAGCUUCACGGACCGUGCGUGGAUGGGCUAUAUUCGUGUCGCUGUUGAGGCUGUUGCUGUUCUUUCAUGGCUUGCUGGGUUUAUUGCUGUCGCUGUUCAAAUUUCAACCUACACAUGUUCGGCAGGACAGAAUUCUUGUGCAUUGCUCAAGGCGGCGACAGUGUUCGGGGCGUUCGAAUGGCUGCUGUUUAUGCUUACCACAGCCCUGACUGUCAUGCUCGUCUUCUUCAACAGCCCUCAUAAGCCAACGACUUCUAUGACCGGACCCGGUGCGGCUGUUUGA